CACCGAAUCGUAAUCGCGACACACUAAGAAGAUCCGGCGAGAAACUUAGUGGUAAAAAGUCAAAACAAUAUUUAAAAAGGAUGCUUUCACAACGUCAACGCUGCGGUACAAGCUUGCGGUGCGCAAAAAAUAACAAGAUGUUUCUGUAUGCAGUCACUUUUCCACAUGUACAAGCUUUUAAAGACAUAUCGUUAAUAACGGCAUAUGGCAAAAAAAAACUUUACAAAAUGUCUUUAUAAUGGCUAAUUCUGUUGAGUAUACAAAAAUGUCGUACAUGAUAUAGCUAUUGGAUAUACUGUAUUUGAUUUCCCUCCCCGCCACCGUCUUCAAAAUGACCCUCUUCGGCCUACGUGUAAGUAAUUCUGGGUGAUGAUGAUGUGUAGUCCUUCCGUCCUCACGUAGAUAAAAUCUCUAUCCUAUGUUAUGCAACCGGAAUAUCUUCAUAAUAACUGGCGUAAGCUCCUUCCAAAGAAUCCUGCUUUCUAAGAUUAGCCGUCAGAACACCGUGGCAGUACAUGAGGAAUAUAGAUCUACAGGAAGUUCUAAGUACUGUAUCGAAAGCCCGUCCAUUUACAGAUUCUUAUGCGGCACUCUUAGCCCAUAGCGUCAGUACCUGUGGUUUUAAUAGACACGCGAUUCCGAUCCGGUGUUAGAUUAAAUCACGACGGAAAUUCCCUUUCACUCACGCAGUUUUUAGCAAACCUCUUCCCUACAAACCUCCUGGCUGUGACUGUUCUCUCUCUCUCUGUCCCAAGAUGAUGAAGCCGGGAAAGUUUUGGGCUACAAGUAAUACUUAGCUCCAUCCUAAAAAUAGCGUCAUCGUCAUGACGACUUCUUGUACUUAAUAUAUUAAAUUGGUUGUCAAGAUAUUGCAAAUUUUAUAAUGAUAUAUUUGUUUAUUUAGAGUGGUAUCAGUUGAUAAUGAUUUUAAUUAAUAACUAUAGAUAGAUAAAAACAGUUAAUAUGACUAUUAGUUUUUGCUUGCGUAAUUCGUUGUACAUAUCAGAAGAUAAUUUUACAUUAGGUUAUUCACUCAUUUGUCAAGUGUAUCAACAAACCGGGGCGGGGCGUUUCGGUCGGAUCGGGCCGUUCAAUGUGCGUCAACCUUCACAAUUUAGUACCAUACAGCUAGCGGGACGGUGCGCAUUACGUUUUUUUUAUCGCGAUAUGUGUGACAUUGAACUGUUAAUUUCACUCGUGAAACAACAUCAAUGCAUCUGGAACGUGGAUCAUGAAGAUUACCACAAUCCAUAUAAUAAAGAGCAAGCUUGGAAGGAGAUAUGUAAAGAAAUGUGUGAGAAUUGGGAUAAAGCGAGUCCAAUGGAAAGGAAGCGCGCUUGUGCGCUAUUGAGGAAGAAAUGGAAGAAUUUAAGAUUGUAUUACCGAGACGUAGUAUUGAAAAGAUACAGUCCUAAUUUGGGAGGAAAGCAAGACAGAAAAUACGUGUACGCCGAACACUUAUCAUUCUUGUUGCCGAUCAUAAUGAAAUGUAAAACUAAAUUUGAGACUGUAAGUUGCAACGGCAGUACAGAGCCUAAUCCUGAACCCACUGAAUUCGAAACGGCUUACAUUCAAGUGAAGAUAGAGGGAGAAGAUGAUGACACAGAAGAGUUGCCGCUAGCUGAGCGAUCUGCUCAGUCCACUGGCCAUAGCAAACAAGAAAACACCGUGGAUUUAAAUGAUGAUGACACAUUAUUUUUACUGAGUCUCCAAAGUCACAUGAGAGAUAUGGAUAUGACAAAGAAAUUGGAUUUCAAGAUUUCCGUCAUGGAUGUCGUGAAGGAAUGUAUUCCAUUCGCUUGACAAUAAAAACAUUGGCAGUA